GAAUGGGCUCUCUCUCUCUCUCUUCCGUCUAGAAUCACUUCUGGCCCUGUAAAGCAGUUACACUGUUGUUUGGGGAAACAUGGCCACUGCCGGAGAUUCGAGAGGAGAGCUUCAGAAGGAAUUAGUCUGUUCUAUUUGCCUCGAUUACUUCGACGACCCUGUCAUUCUAAAAUGCGGCCACAAUUUCUGCCGCAUGUGCAUUUUGAUGCACUGGGAGGAAAAUGGAGGCGAUGAUGUGGGUUACCAGUGUCCGGAGUGCAGGAUGGUGUUCGCCAAAAUGAGUUUCACCAAGAACUACCUGGUUAAAAACUUAGUGGAUAAACUGAGUGACUUCGACUAUCUGAAGACGUGUAGGCCCUCUGCACCCGCAAAACCCGUGAAAAUGGACGGGAAGUGUGAGCGACACCACGAGGAGCUCAAACUGUACUGCCACACAGACAGAAAGCCCAUCUGCGUGGUGUGUCGGGAAUCCAGAGCCCACAGACACCAUGAUGUUGCUCCUGUACCUGAGGUUGUUGAAGACAUGAAGAGUGAGCUGAAGCUGAGACUUAUCAAGCUGAACUGGCAGAAGUCCAUGUGUGUGAGAGUAAAGAGCACAGACGAGCAGGCCAAAACUGAUGUCAAGCUCAAAAAACAAGCCUUGAAGGAAAAGAUUGAAGAAGAUGUUGGUGCCCUGGUUCAGUUUUUGUUGGAUGAGAAGGAUGAUCUGUUGGAAAGGUUGGAGGCCGAAGCAGAGGCCACUAUCGGGCUAAUCGAUGCAAACCUGAAGCGUGUGGAAAGCGAAACAGCCAAAGUGGACAAAGCCAUCACUGAAAUUCAAAACCAACUGAGUGACAGCGCUAACUUCGAGAGUAUCAGUAAUUCAUACUUAAGCCCCUGUCACGUAAACCUCAGCGUCCAGGCCUCUAACUCUCCUCCAGAUUUCUCAGAGUUCACAGGCCCCUUUCAGCUCAUCAUGUGGAAGAAGAUGAUGCACGUGUUACACACAAUGCCUCAGAAUCUGACUCUGGAUUUAGACACAGCUCACCCCUCGCUGGCCAUCAGCGACUUUGACACUAAAGUGGAGGAGGGCCGCGUGCGCUCCCAGGAGCCCGACAUGCCGCAGCGUUUCACCCGUUUCUUCGGGGUGCUUGCCACCGCGCAGUAUUCCAGCGGGCAGCACUACUGGGAAGUGGACGUGCGGGACAAAGGAGUCUGGUAUCUGGGUGUCACCACUGAAUACAGCAAUCGUAAAGGUUUUGUAAACCUUUCGCCCUCUGCAGGAUACUGGAGUCUGUGUCUCCAAGACAGACUGUACGCCAACGAAGAAGACUCACGCGUGCCCGUGGCGGACUACUGGAACUCUCCUCGCGUCGGCGUCUUCCUAGAUUACGACCGGGGCCACGUUACUUUCUUUGACGCGGUGACUAUGAAACGCAUCUAUAACUUUGUGACGUACUUUGACGAGCCCGUCUCACCCUUCUUCAGCCCAGGGAAAAACGACCCGGGCAGCCGACUACAAAUAUGUCAUUUCUACUGAAACCGAAGCGAUGCAGUUCGCGACAAAGAAAAUAAAUAACAAUAAAUGCUCCUGUUUGUGUGUUUUAGUAAACAUUUCAGGGCAUUUUCCCUCCUGGAAGUAGGGAGGAUGUUUGUUCUUAAGCUCUGCUGGGUUUUUUUGGAUUCAGUUGAUCUGAAUUUAAUAGUUGCGUAGAGCUUUGAUACACCAUAAUCCGAAGGAGUGAAUUGAAUUUCUCUUGCUCUUGAAUUAUGAUGUAGCCCCACUGAAAUUCAGGUAGAGAGGCAUUGCAGGUUUUUACGCAAAUGUCGACUUUAGCUGCUUCGUGUUGUCUCAUGUCUUAGACCUCAGUGUUGUCUUUUGUACAUCAGUGUAGAGGUGAAAAUAAGAAUUGAAUCAGGUCAAAAAUGGAUUAAUGGUUUAUAACAAUAUAUCAGUUUUUUUAACUAUGUAUUCCAUUAAAGCACAUAUUCGCUUAAAUGUAUUUUUCUUUGUUUUAAAUUUAUUUUAAUUUUUUUUACAUACAGGCACAGUUUUGUUUUUAAAGGAUGCAUUUGUUAGACAUCUUACCCGUAAUGUAAUGAAAGUAUUACAUAAGGCUACUUGUUCAUAAUAGCUCAGACUGCAAUAGGUGCUAUGCAACUUUGAAUAUGACAAAGUAGAUCAGAUGUGCUGUGAGGAGCGUCCUUCUGUUCAUUCAAUUAUGUAAAGAUUAAUUUUUAUAAAGGAGUACAUCCGGAAGCUGUGUGCCAUUCAUGUUACAUCAUUUUAAUCAAAUCUGUUAUAUUAAAUAUUUUAAUCUCUUUUGUUUUAGCAGUAGUCUGAUCUGUCUUACAGGCUGAUGAUGAUAAAGGGAGAUGCUGGGAAUGUUCGGUUUUGUUUCCAUUUGUACUGAAAUGAGCACAUUUGUGACAUUUCGCCAUCUUUUGACUGAGCUCUGAUGGUCUGUUGUUCAUUACAAAUCUAGUUUAUGUACUAGAAUUACUGCGGCCAUUUGUACAAAAUGUCUUUUGAGUUGACAAAGGACCAAGAAAACACCUGAAGAUGUUUUGUACAUAUGCUGUGAACAUGAACAUGCUCUCACAACACUUUGUGUUGCCCGGCUUUGAGCUAAGUUUCAAUUUACAUUUCUAGUACUUUAAUAAUCACUGUCAGUUUUUCAUAAGAAAUGAGUUCAACUUGAACACAUUGACUCUUUGUAAAAGUAUUUUUUUCCCUUUCAAUCGCUGAUGUAAGAGAACUGUUACAUUAUCUUUGAGCCUAACUGCUGGAUGGCACCAGGAGUACAUUUUACUUUUGUGUGACUUGUUAAAAACCACUGCAAUAUGUGUUAAAUGUUUUUUUCUCUCUGCAGUAAUAGUAAUUUUAAAAAUAAAAUAUUACAAUUA